AUGUUGGGCAUUAAAAGCAUCUCCAGAGGCUUUCUUCGCCCCUCUGUCCAUUCUUCUCUUGCUCCGGCAACACGUGCCGCCAUAUUCACACGAACAUAUGCUCAGAAGAAGCGUUCUCAAAUUGACAUUUCUAAGGUCCCUAUUAAGCACAUUGGAUGUCUUGCUGAAUUCUACGUCCCCCCACAAUUGAAGAACUGUCCGACUUCCUCUUGGCACAGAUUACUUUUAAGAAGAUUUUACAAUUUUGCAUUGAACACAGCCAAUGUUGCUCGUUACAGGUUUGCAACCAAAAACAAGGUUUACUUCAACGACUGGAAGGAGAAAACUGUCGAAAAUUACGUCAAGACCAACAAAGCGUUUGCUGCUGCCUGCUCAACGCGUAAGCUGGCGAGAGACCGUUUUAUUAAAGAUCAACUUUCUGGUGCUGCUGGUACUGCAGUCAUCGAAUCCUUGAUCCGUCGUUCUCUGACAUUUCCAGCAGAUGCCGAAGUCAAAUGGAAACUUCUUGAUAUUCUUGAAAACCCUAAGGUUGUAACAUUCACUCCCAUUCCAGAUGAAAGUGGAGUGCCUGUAUUUAUCCAGUUGGUAACGAAGGUGAAGACUAAACAAGAAAUGACAGUCAGCACUGGAAAAGGAGAGCCAACGAAAACAGAGAGACUGAUCACGGACUAUUUGGUGUCUACCAUUGAUCCUAACACUAACGAAGUUGUUUUGGUUGGCUCGCUUUUCGAGUCAGAUCAUAUUAGGAAGGUCCAGCCUGAGGUCUCCAAUAAUCACGCAGCUAUGGAGGAGCUUCAAAGAACGAGUGCUGAUAUCUAUCGGGAUCCUCCAAAGAGUAUUGGCAGUGCUUAA